AUGCAGCCAUCUGAAACGGUCAUGAAUCCCAAACAAGUCUUCCUCUCAGUGCUAAUAUUUGGAGUAGCAGGGCUACACCUCUUCAUAUAUUUGCAAGCCUGGAUUAAAGAACAACACACAGCCACUGAGGUGCUGAAGACCAAAGCAUCCCAGAUUGCAGAACCACCACAGAGGAAAGUUUUGCCGGAGAGUUAUCAAGACCCAUAA